CGAAUGGGGCAUGAAAUGGGCACUAUCCCUAACCCCAAGAUUCAUCUUGAGUUGGUUUUUCUUCCUUAAACCCUUUUUGUGGAAGUUGAUGCUCCUAACAUAUUUGGAAGUCACAAAACAUACAUCUUACUGUUACCUUAUCCAUCAAACUAGUUGGUGAUCCAUCACUAUAUCAACAUGUGGUGAAUGAUAACAAUAUUCUAUUUCUACAGUUGCUGACAAGUUCCCCCUUCCAGGAUUAACACACUAUCUCCUGACUUAGAUCCUUGAUGAAUGUUGUUCCUACCUAUCCCCAUCAGAGCCCCAUCACUACUUCUUUGAUCCUCUCAGUUUUCAUUGUAUAUAAGACCAUUUGAUGCAUUAAAAACCAGUCUUCCAACUCUCUUUGGAGCUCUAGCCAAAUGAAGAAUCGAAACCUUAAUUUUGCUGUGUCUCCAUACUCCAGACAUUUCAUAUGUUCUCUUCUCAGUUCUCAUAACAAGCUUCUGUCAAAGUCGGCAGAUCUUUGCCUCAUAUUUAGAACAAGUGAAGACAUAUGCUUCUGAGGCACUGAAGCAUGCUUUAUGCGAGUUUAAAGGGCCAGAUAGACUGGGUCCUUCUAGUGGAAAGCUAUGAUGACAACAUUACCUUUAAAGAGGCGAAUCAUCCAUAGUAAAGAUGAUAGUGGACUUGUUAAGGAAAGCACAACAGAAUUUCUUCUAAAAGAAGGCAUGUCAUGAACACUGAUUUCAAUUAUCGUAGCAAAGUAAUUAUCGAAGUUAAUGAUGAUCUUGAUGGCAUUGAUGAUCUUAUGGGUAUUGAUUUGUUUCAGUCUGAGAUUCCAGUUUGGAGAACAAUGAUGAUGAAGAAGCUACAGGAAGGGAAGGGAAGGGAAGUGUUUGUCUGCCAAAGCUAUUUCUGGAUUUCCAAACUCAGGACAGUCGGUAAUUUAGAACCUUGGUGAUGAUGCUGGCCGUUUUGAAAGUAUUCUUCGGUUUUCGCCUUUUUCGGAUAUCCAGAAAUAGUUAUAGAGAAAUUGCUUGCAUUAUUGGUUUGUUGCUGAAAUGCACAAUUACUAGGUGAGAAACCAAAGUACUAUUGCUCAUGGGUCAAAGAAGUUCAGGGAUUCCAGGGCAAAUCCCGCCUUUGUAAUUGGCACUCUAAUUUAGGAUGUAACAUAAGCAUAUUUAGCAGGUUCGUAAAAUCACCACAGUAAAGAAAAUCUCGGUAAUACGAGUAGGAUAUGUAAUACAUAGGGAAAUCUCUCUAUCCGGUAAAUUUUCAUGGUAAUUAUUUUGGGAUCAUGUCUUGUAUUUGUAUGAGUGCUGAUUACUAGAUCCCUAAUAAAUAUACCAUAGAAAGAAACGUCUCACCAUCGUGCGCACCCCUCUCUCUCUUUCCGUUCCGGGCUGCUGGUUCUAGGGUUUCAAUGGGUGAGCUUCUCCCUGAAAUCCUUGAACAGAUACUGGUUAGAUUGGAUGUGAGGGAUAUAAUCCGAUGCAAGAGCGUGUGUAAGGCAUGGGAAUCUUUCAUCUCCGACCCUGAUUUUGUUAAAGCGCACCUGAAGCAUAGUUACAACAAUGAUCGCAACGAUAAUGAAAUUGGAGAACGGAGGAUCGUUAUGGCUAGGUAUCCCUAUCGCUAUAGGGUACGUCAAUAUGAAGUUGAUGACAGGUUCUUCGACUAUCAUUACUGUCAUCUUAUUGGUUCUUCCAAUGGACUGGUAUGCAUCUCUAUUUUGAAUACUGAAAUUUUACUAGCCAAUCCCUCGAUUAGAGAGGUGAAAAAACUGCAAAGGCCCCAAAUUCCUCACGUUGGGUCAUUAUGUUGGGGUUUUGGCUAUGAUUCAUCCGUAGAUGAUUACAAGGUCAUAUUAGGGUUCAGGAAAGGUGAUGAUCUGACCUGUUUUCAUGUGUUAACAUUGAAAUCGAAUGAGUGGAAAGUUAUUGGAGAAGUGAACUAUACCUUUGUUAGUAGGAUCGGUAUCUUAUGCAAUGGGGCACUUCACUGGAUUAUGAAAGGUGGUUCACCUCAAGAUGACAGGAAAGUGAUUCUUUCUUUUCAUAUAUCUAAAGAGGAAUUUAUAGAAAUCCCACAACCAGAUGAUGCAAGAUUUGAAUCUCUUAUUGCUGGCCAUUUGGCUCUGCGUUUGGGGACUAUUGAUGAAUGUCUAUGCAUAUUUCUCCGUUCAUUGCUUCCUCAUAACAUAUGGAUAAUGAAGAAGUACAAUGUAAAGCAGUCUUGGGAAAUGGUCGACCAUGAUUGCGAGAUAAAGAAUGAAGCUGCACACUGCAUGAAAGAGCUGAAGCAUUACAUUCCACACAAGAGGCCCUUAUGUCACAAAACGUGGUUUUGCAAGACCCGGGAUUUUAUUGGUGCCCCUAUAUUUGUGCAGAGCCUUGUAUCUCCCCAUGUUAACAGGAGACCGAAGAGAAAGAGGCUGGUUAUGACUAGCACGAGGAGUCGUCGUAGGUUCGGGGGAGAUCCUUCAGUUCCUGGACCGGUUGCUAGAGUUUGAUGCUGUUGAAGCAGUAAAGAUGACAUGGCAGGGCAUUGCUGAUGAACUUUGCUUAUUUUUAAGACCUUUCUUUAAAGAUCCAUGCUUUUGUUAGAGACCUGUCUUCCUAUCGUUUUUAAUAAUUCGUGCUUGAUGGUUCUGAAUAACUCGUGUUUGAUGGCUUUGAAUCUCUUGUGUUUGAUGGAUUUCAUAACUAGCGUGUUUGUAAACGUGUUUUAAACGUUACUUGGUUGCAAUUUAUCGUGGUUUUAUGG